AUGUCUAGGCCAGUGAAACAUUAUGGCCGCAAAGCCAUAACCCGCGCAAAGAAUUGGACCAUCGACGACGCCUUUCAUGCUUUGGAUGAAGAGUUCUGGUGCAGAAAUGUCGCAAACAACCCAGAGGAUUUUGUUGCAGGAGAAGGUGAUCCAGGCUAUCAGCUUUGGCUUGAGCUCAACGGCGCGAUUCGACAGUACUUUAAAGUUGCUGCAGAUUCUCCAGAUAAUCAAGGGAGCCAUAAUACUAUGACCAGAAAGACCAUAGAUGCAGCACUUACAGCUAUAGAUACCUUCUAUGGCGACCAAAGUGUUGACGCUAAUGGAGAGCAAGUACCCUGGGAACCGGCAUUACCUAAGAGAGCGGAAUGGAUCGUCAGCCGCUUUUACAGUCCCUUUCACGGAUGGAACCCAAUACUGAGCAAUUCUGCCUCUGCAUUGGGGAUACUCAAAUGGAUGGACGUCACGGAACCUGGUCCUGAAGCCUGA